AUGUCGAAAUGUAUGCCGAACCGCAUAUGCUCGGCGAUGGACACGGCCGCGGAAGCGGACACGGCCCCCCUCCACAGGGUGGAUGCAACGGGCCAGGCACACGGACGUUGGGGUCGUAUCGGAAUCUGCUUGCUCACCAUUUGCCUCGUCCUAGUCCUCGCCGUGCGCAGGCCUGCCCUUCCGCCGCCAAGAAAAGUUCCAUCCCGGCCGCUGUCGGGAGGCGGAUCGAUCCCGGCGCUCCUGAUGGGGGGUGACGAUUUUUCGGAGUGGUUCGAGGCCGCAGGUUCCGGCGCCGCAAUCCAGACCUUCUAUUCGUACGGCAACGGGCCGCACAUCGCCCCGCAGCUGCGGCGCUUUGGGCGAUCCAAUGUAUUCGUGUCGACAGGCAUCCCAUGCGGCUGCUGUGGCGCCGACUCGCCCAGCGUUGAGCCUAUGAACGCCUCCCUUGCAAUGUCGUAUAUCGACAGAGAGCUCGCUGAGCUGCAGACCGGCUAUGCCGACUUGCUCCUUUUCCACCACCGAUGCCGGACAGAGAGCGAAACUGCGAGCGUUUGGGAGGCCUUCGAGGCCGCAAAGCGGCAGGGCAAGGCGAGGCACCUGGGAGUCUCCAACUUCAACGCUCACGACCUCGAGGUCCUGUCCUCGACCGCGGUCGAGCCGAUCGAGGUCCUCGAGGCUCAUUUUGGCGUUGGAAUGAUGGACUGGGAAGUCCUGGGCUACGCGCGGGCGCACGGCAUCCACCCCGUCGCCUUCGCUUCGCUUUCGGAGGCGCACACCGACCACCCGACUCUGCAGCGCGCCGUGUCGCGCGUCGCAACUGCUCACGGCGUGACUGCGACACAAGCCAUGUACGCGUACCUCCUGCAACGUAACCUCAGCGUCAUAUCGUCGUGCUUUCAUCCGGAGGAUCCCCAAAAGUGUGCGCGAUACUACUCGUUCGACCUGGCUGCGCUUGACGUGUCGCUGAGCGCAGCCGAGCUCGAAGUGCUCGAUGGCGUGACGGCGGGCAGGCGCACCUGCACCGACUGCUACACUGACGAGUGCCAGCGAUGUGCAGCAACUCUGCACGCCCUUGGUUGUCCACUCGGUGUCAACGGGUGGGGAACGACAUGGUGGAGCGUCGGGGACAAUUUCACGGAGCACCCGGCCUGGGGACGAGGCAAUGAAAACGGGACGCGUUGCAUGGCAUGCGCGGCGGUGCCGAGCCACCGCGCAGAGGUGGAGCGAGCGUGCGGGCGCGCUGACCGGGGCGAGAGCCUCGAGACCAUGGUGCCCAAGGCAUGUGGUGUGUAA